ACGGCUUGACUCGGGAUGUGCUCCAGCAGGUAACGGCCUGGCUGGGAGCGGGACGGCUCCUGCGGGAAAGAGAUGCAGGAUGGGCACGCUUGCCCUGCUGUCUCCGGCCCCAAAGGGCCGGGAACACUCAUUCCAAGGUAACGUGCACCUUCUGCAGGCACCUAUCUGUUCCUCAGAAAAGAUAACGUGAAUUACCUCAACCAAGAAAGUAAGUAUUUUACAGUGUGACACCGGGCUGAGGCAAUUAAGUGAAUGUUGAGAAGAAGGAGGUAAAUAGUUUUAAUUCCUUUCUUCCUUCCCUCGCUUCUAUCUUUUCCAAAAAAAAAAAAAAAAAAAGUAAAAUUUCCCCAGCAUGCAUUUAAAGGCCCAUUUCUCUUUCAGAAGACUAUUCUCUAAGAUGCAAUGUCAGCUGUGGCAGCAGCCGUGCCCGAGGCAGCGCUGUCCCCCGCCCGCCCGGCAGCGCGGGGCGCUCCCGGCCCGGUCCCGCGGGCAGUGCGCAGGCGCGGCGGCGGCGGCGGUGGCGGCAUGGGGGACGCGCUGGAGGAGCCGUGGUGGGACACCGAGACCGGCCCGGGCGACACUCCAGAUCCUUCAGAUGAUGAAGCUAUUGAAAAAGCAAGUGAAAACAGGACAGCAACAUGUCAAGAUCCGGAUUCCAAACCUGCUGUGAAAAAGAAAAGAAAGCGGCCUACAGAGUGUUUUUUAAAUCAGCCUGAAGAAAAGCAAGACAGCACUGUGAAGGCAAAGAGGAGGAAGAAGAAGAAGAUUUCUGAUGUUCUGCAAAAAUCUGCUCCAAAACCUGGUGUUCCUGCAGAUCUGCAAAAUCUGCUUACUCAACAUUUUGGUGAAAACCGUUCUGUGAUUGAAAUAGAGGAAUUACAGCUGUCAGAUUCCUGUUUUUUGCCAGCCAAUGAUCUUACCCAUAGUUUUUCUUCAUACCUGAAGGAAAUCUGUCCUAAGUGGGCGAAGCUCCGGAGAAACCACAAGGAGAAGAAGUCGGUGGUGAUGCUGGUUCUCUGCAGUUCUGCCCUUCGCUCCUUGGAACUCAUCAAGUCAAUGACAGCUUUUAAAGGAGAUUGCAGAGUCCUCAAGUUGUUUGCAAAGCACAUAAAGAUACAGGAACAAAUGCAUAUGUUGGAGAAAGGCGUGUUCCACAUUGGAGUUGGAACUCCUGGGAGAAUAAAGGCACUAGUGGAGCAAGAUGCCCUGUGCUUGAACUCCACAAAAUACAUGAUUCUGGACUGGAACUGGAGAGAUCAGAAACUAAGGAGAAUGGUGGAUAUCCCUGAGAUAAAGAAAGAAACAAUUGACCUACUGGAAAAGAGUAUUAUAAAGCUGUGCAGAGAUGGAUCUGUGAAGCUGGGACUCUUUUAA